AUGGAGAUAAGAACUACUUUUUAUAUUUCUAUGAAUCAUUUAAAUGAGGCAUAUGGCCUGCUGGCUGCUUCUCAGAGUCCACCUGCCCAACCCAAGAAGGAAGCCAAUAAGGAGGUUGUUAAAGACAUUUCCAAGAAGAUAAACAAGAACACACCUGCUUUUGAGUUGGCCAGAAACAAUGCGAUAAAUAUAAAAAAAUAUGAAUUGGAACCCUCAUCAUCAGCAGUUACCACCACGAUACUAAACUUUGUGGAGAAACCACUCACUGUGAAUAUAUCUACCAUCUCUAAAGCACCCACUACUGAGGAGGCAUCUCUUUUAAAAAAGCCAUUAGUUUUAAAAGAGAAAACUACUACUAGGGACACAACCCAUAUCAAGAGGUCAUUAUCUUUAAAGAAGGACAUAUAUUGGAAUAAGACAUCUGGAUUUGUGGAGCCACUAUCCUUGCUGGAGGAGACUGAGAGUGAUUUGGAGUUUGUUUCAGAGCCAGUGACUUUUGGGAAUAAGCAUGAAACUGGAGAGACAACUUUCACUAAGACGACAUUAUCCUGCACGAAAUUGUAUAUAAGUCAAGAGAAGCAAUUCUGCUGUGUGAAGGAAUUGACCUCGCUGAACAAUAACAUUGAAAAGGAUUCUUUUGUGGGGCCAAUGAACUUUAGGAAGAAACCUAAAACUGAGGAGUCUACCACCACUGAGAGGCUGUUAACUUUAAAUAAGUGUACCACUGAAGAGAAGGUGUCUUAUAAGAGGAAGCCAUUAAUAUUGCAGAAAGCCACCUCCAGAGAGAAGUUGCUCAAUGAGGAACCAUUUCCUUUUGAAAAUAAGUCUACCACUAAGCAGUUCGGCUGUGUGAAGAAAAUGACCUCACUGGACAAUAACAUUGAAGAGGAUUCUUUUGUGGAGCCAAUGGACUUUAGGAAGAAACCUAAAACUGAGGAGUCUACCAGCACCGAGAGGCUAUUAACUUUACAUAAGUGUACCACUCAGGAGAAGGUAUCUUAUAAGAGAAAGCCUCUAAUAUUGCAGAAGGCCACCUCCAGAGAGAAGUUGCUCAAUGAGGAACCAUUUCCUUUUGAAAAUAAGUCUACCACUAAGCAGUUCUGCUAUGUGAAGGAAAUGACCUCGCUGGACAAUAACAUUGAAGAGGAUUCUUUUAUGGAGCCAAUGGACUUUAGAAAGAAACCUAAAACUGAGGAGUCUACCACCACCAAGGAGCUAUUAACUUUAAAUAAGUAUACCACUCAGGAGAAGGUAUCUUAUAAGAGAAAGCCUCUAAUAUUGCAGAAGGCCACCUCCAGAGAGAAGUUGCUCAGUGAGGAACCAUUUCCUUUUGAGAAUAAGUCUACCACUAAGGAGUUCCUUUUCCAAGAGCCAUUUCUGUUGCAAGAGAAGCAUACCACUGAGGGGGACAUGUCUGUCUUAAAGAAGCCCUUGGCCUUGCAAAAGAAUCCAACUGAGGAGGAGUCACUUUUAAAGGAGCCUUUGGUUUUUAAGAAGCAUACCAUUGAGAAGGCGACCCCCAGUGAGGUGCUAGUGUUUGCAAAGAGACGUACCACUGAAGAUAAGCUAUCCUGCUUGAAGAAGCCACUAGUAUUGCAGACCAUUUCUGAAGAGAAAUCACUCAUUAAGGAGCCAUUGUCCUUUAAAAAGAAGCCUACCACUGAGGAGGAGUUCCUCUUCAAGGAAUCAUCUGUGUUGCCAGAGAAGCACACCACUCAGGGGGAGGUAGCCCCCUUGAAGAAGCCUCGGGCAUUGCAGGAGAAUAUUCACAGCAAAGAUGAAUUUCUUAUGGAGCCAGUUUCCUUUAAGAAGAAACAUACCACAAAUGAGGCAAUCUCCAGCAAGGGGCCAUUAUCUUUAAAUAAGAAAAAGUACACCACUCAAAUAAUGAUGUCCAUCUGCCAAGAAGUGUUGGACUUGCAGAAUAUAAUUGGCAAAGGUACGGAUUUCUUUGUUAUGAAGCCAGGGUCAUUUAGGAAGAAGUCUUCAACUGAGGAGGCAAUUGACAAGACGCUGUUAUCUUUAAAGAAGAAGCAUAUCACUGAUACCAAAGAGGACUCCUUGAAGAAGCAGUUGAUUUUUCAGGAUAAAAGCACCACUGAAGAGGAUUUCCUUUUGAAGAAACCAUUGAUUCAGAAGAAGAAACUCUCCACUGAAGCAAUAAUAAGCACAGAGAGUCAAUUAUCUUUAAAGGAGAAGUCCACUGCUCAAGGGGAGGUGUUCCUCUUGAAGAAGCAAUUGUCCUUGCAGCAGAAGCCCAGCAUUGAGAAGGAUCCCCUCAUCAUUGAAGAAUUAACUUUUCAGGGGAAGCCUACCAUCGAUGAUUCAUUCAAUUUAAAGAUGUUGAAUAAGAAAUCUACCGCUCAGAAGAAGUUGUCCUUUGAGGAGCCGUUGACCUUGCAAGAUAAUCCCACCCAAAAGGAAGACACUUUUCUUAAAGAUUUAUCAACACUCCAAGUUAAUAACAGCUCACAUGUGUUCAACUCUCCCCCUGAAUCCCAAACAGGCAUGGCCAACUUUGGCAACAUGACUAGUUUGAGCAAGUAUAAAACCAAAAGGAAGUACAGUGCUCGUAAAUCCAGUUCCAAAAAACGUUUCUCCUAUUGGCGCCAUAUAUCAAAGAAGGAGAUAACAAUACUGGAGAUUAUUGAUGGGAGCCAUUAUGAUCCAUAUUUCAACUUAGCAUACACCAAGGAGAUCUUCAACUACAUGAAGGCGAGAGAGGAAAAGUUCAGACUUAAAAAUUACAUGAGAAGUCAGACUGAGAUCAACAGUGACAUGAGGGCCUCUCUUGUGAACUGGUUGGUGAAAAUACAGGUUAACUGUAAUCUGAAUCAUGAGUCUCUCUACUUGGCAGUGAAGCUGGUGGAUCACUACCUUAUGAAGAAAACAUGCAAGGAAGAGAAUCUGCAACUCCUUGGUGCCACUGCUCUUCUGAUUGCAGCAAAACUUGAGGAGACCGGCCCACCUAAGUUGGAUCGAUUCCUGCACUCCCGUAGAGAGGGUUUUCAGCGACAUGAGAUGGUUGCCAUGGAAAUCAGCAUUCUCAGUACCCUCAAAUUUGAAAUCAACAUUCCUGUCACCUAUCAUUUUCUGCGCAUAUUUUCUAUGAAUAUUCAUGUCAACAUUAGAACAGUGGUCUUAUCUCGAUUCAUCUGUGAGUUGACCCUGCAUGAAUAUGACUUCAUCCAGGAAAAGGGUUCCAAUCUAGCUGCUGCUUCCUUUAUUUUGGCCCUCCACAUGACGAAGCUUGGAAACUUGACUUAUUUCCUGAAUUAUCACUUUGACUUCGUGAUCUCUGAUCUUUACCUCUUGGUCAAAAAACUUAACACGCUGCUGACUUUGUAUCCUUGCAAUGAUAGGCUCAAGACUGUGUGUUUCAAGUAUUCUCACCCGAACUUUUAUGAAGUCACCAAAAUCCCCCCCUUGGACAAGUUGAAGCUGGAGGAAAUUUUUUACUCCCGCUAAUUCUGAAAUGAGGGCCUAGAACUCUGGCAGCAUAUAAACCAGGCUAUAUUUAUUCUGUCUUUGAAAAAUUUUUUUGAUCACUUUUCUUCA